UGUUUGUGGGGUAUCUUUUUGACAGUGUGUAGUUAAGUCAUAAUGUGGGAUGCGUAGUGGGGAAAUUUUCUGUCACACUCCUAAGGAAGUGCAUGAAAAUACCAUCAGUGUUGAAACAUCUCGUUUCUUUACGUCUACUAGACCAACUACAAGAAAAAGAUAAUUACUAAAAAUCGUAAGAAUUAAAGUCCUUCAUCAUGGGAGCAGUUUUUGGUCUCCUGUCAGUAGGCCAGUUGGCUUGCUGUUGUACAAGUGCAGCCUGUUCCUUAUGCUGUGCAGCUUGUCCCUCAUGUCGUAACUCAACAUCAACACGCAUCAUGUAUGCCGUUAUGUUGUUGUUGGGUACCAUAGCUGCAUGCAUAACGCUCUCUCCAGGUCUACAGAAAGAACUUGAAAAGGUUCCAUUCUGUGGGAAUAGUGGGAUAAUGCCUGAUGUAAAUUGUCAAAAUGCAGUAGGUUAUUUGGCUGUCUACAGGAUAUGUUUUGCACUUACAUGCUUCUUUGCACUCAUGGCUCUUAUUAUGAUUGGUGUUAAGACGUCUAAAGAUCCUCGUUCAGGAAUUCAGAAUGGGUUUUGGGGCAUAAAAUAUCUUUUGGUUAUAGCUGGCAUUGUGGGAGCUUUUUUCAUACCAGAAGGCUCAUUUGGAAAAACAUGGAUGUAUUUUGGGAUGAUUGGAGGAUUUUUGUUCAUCAUUAUACAGCUUAUUUUGAUUGUGGAUUUUGCCCACUCAUGGGCUGAGAAUUGGGUUGGAAAAUAUGAAGAGUCUGAAUCCAAGAAGUGGUAUUGUGUCUUACUUACGGCAACCUUUCUAAACUAUGCCCUGGCUAUUACUGGAUUCACUUUGCUGUUUGUGUAUUACACCAAGCCUGAUGAAUGUGCCUUGAACAAGUUCUUCUUAUCAUUCAACUUGAUACUGUGCCUCAUUGUGAGUGUGGUAUCAAUUCUGGGCCCUGUUCAAGAUGCGCAACCGAGGUCUGGCCUUCUGCAGUCUUCUGUAGUAACACUGUAUGUUGUUUACCUCACAUGGUCAUCCCUUUCCAAUCAGCCAGAUACAAACUGUAAGCUGAGUCUUCUGAACACUAUAUCUGGAACUACAGAGGAUCCUAAUGGCAGCAAUGUGAAAAUGGAAGGAAUCAUUGGGCUUGCUAUAUGGAUGUGCUGUGUAUUGUAUUCAUCCCUGCGUACAGCCUCCAGUUCAUCAAAGAUCACUAUGACAGAACAUGUGCUUGUUAAGGAUAAUGGUGCAGUGCGACAUACAGGGGAGGCAUCAUUGGUAGCUAAUGAAGAAACUAAUUCUCAUGAUGGAGGAGAAAGCGGUGGUCGAAGUUCCAAAGUAUGGGACAAUGAAGAAGACUCUGUUGCUUAUUCUUGGUCAUUCUUCCACAUCAUGUUUGCUCUGGCUACACUUUAUGUCAUGAUGACUCUAACAAACUGGUAUUCUCCUAACUCAAGCCUGGAGACACUUAAUGCAAAUGAAGCAUCUGUGUGGGUCAAAGUAAUAUCUAGCUGGCUGUGCCUGGCCCUGUACACCUGGACACUGGUUGCGCCAAUUUGUCUUCCUGACCGAGACUUCAGCUAAGUCAAUAAAUAUACUUUUUCAGUCUCACCUUUGCAGAUACUGAUUUCUUUCAUUGAUGUUAAUAGAUUUAUAAUCAAUGUGAUGGUUUUUCACAUACCUGUGUAGUAGUCACAGUUAGCUUCAGUGUCUUUUAAUGAAUCUAAUAUUUUUAAGACAGUUUUAUUGUGGUGUAGUAUGGGAAAUGUAUAUAGGUGAAGAAUGUUGUAAGUGUCUAAUCCUUUUCAGUGCUGUGAACUAAUACUGGAUAUUCACAAUUAAUAAGCUGAGCCUUGAGACUAAAAGUGUAUCUCUCGAUUAUUUCAUUACUGUACAUAGUACUUGAGUUAGAAAAAUCUACAUAAUUGUAGAAACAAGGAAAUUAUUUCCACUGUGAUAUUUUCAUAUUUAUGUCAUGAGUCUGAUCUCUAUAGAUGUUUGUCAUUUGCAUUUGAAUAUUGUCGCAUAUAGAAUUUGGAUUUGAUUGUUCCACAAUUUAAGUUUUUAUUGGAUAUAUAUCUCAUUUGAAAUAUAGUGUAGUAAUACAUAGCUAUUAUAUUAUAUUUUCAUAAAUAUUCAUGAAAUAAAGUUAUAAAAUACCCUUAUUCCAAAAGUACAAUUAAUUUAUUGUAUUAACUGUCAAGAAUAACUCUCUGGCCUGUGUAAAUUGUAAAAGCUUUAUGAUGUAGCAUAUUUGUAAACGAUGUUGUAGAAAGUGAGCAAAUGAAAUGGUGGCUAUGCUUCAGUUAAUAAUAGUCAGUAUAUAAUCAUAUAAAUUAUGACGAAUGUAUAAUUUUAGUCCUGUGGUAUUACCACCACGGGGAAAAAACAGUAAUAAAAUAUUGUGAUAUCACAAA